AUGGCAACCGUGAGGUACGAGAAUGUUACCAAGUUCCUGGCCGUCGAGCUCACCAUCAACGGCGACACGUCCUACUACGUCAACGCCACUGUUGAUCUCAAGAGCUACCUUCCCGAGCAUGUCGCUAUCGGCUUCUCGGCAGCGACUGGCGGUGGUGGCGAGCAGCACCAGAUACUGUCAUGGUCAUUCAUAUCCACUCUGCAGGAGGAACAGGUAGCACAAGCACCGCCGCCACCGCCGCUUCAUCAGUCACCUGAAAUCGUCCAGCAUCCCAAGACGAGCCGUGCUUGUAUGGCGGCACAAACGACACAAGAAACCACCAAAUGA